AUGGUCAGGCCAGUCUCUCAAUCUACUCAACAGCUUGAUGAAGCUGGUUCUCUUGAUGAGAAUAUUGAACACUCAGAUGUCUACUGUUCAGGCGGGGCAAUAUCAGACCAACAGAUGAAACAUCUCAAGAUGACAUUUGAGAUAGAGAAGAAGAGAUGUAGAGUUCUAGAACUCGAACUAUAA